AAGACAGUUAUUGAACGGCAGCCGCUACGCAUUACACACAUAAACUACAGAACAACCAACGUUUUCUCUUCAUUAUGCUCUUCAAUCUGUCCUCCAUUGAAGCAGCUUGUGAGCUUGCUAUCUUCCAUUAAAGUAGCUUCCGAGAACCCUUCAAUUAAUGUCAGGAAGGAACUAUGAAAAUGACAUUUUUAUCCCUGGGCCGAGGGCGGCUUCCCCUCCUGCCUUGGCUCAGGGUCAAGAACUCUGUAUUUGUUCGUCAGAAAUCUGCAUAUGCUUCUGCCCUUUUGAGUUCUUGGUUCACUGAUUCUAGUUCUGAUGAACAAACUGUUUCGAAUCAUAGCAAUAGUAGUAGUUGUAGUAAUAGCAAUAGUAAUAGUAGUAGUAGUGAUGUAGAGGAUCAAGUGCAUGAGUUAGACACCAAAAGGGUUAUUGAAAUCUUGAAGGGUUUCGGAAGUGACCCGAAACAGGCCUUUUUGUUCUUUUUUGAGUUGAAGGAACGAGGGUUUCGACACAAUGUUGAAACAUAUGUCUCGAUUAUUAGGAUUUUGUGCAGUCGGGGGAACUAUAGAUUGUUGGAGGGUUUGUUGUUGGAGGUUAUUAGGUCGAAGGAGGGAGAAUUGGGUUUUGGCAUUACUGAGUUGAUGGAGGUUGUUUUUAGUUUACUUGAGGUUGGGGUUGAAAAUAGUGGUUCAUUGGUUAAGGUGAUUGAUGCUUUGGUGAAGGCUUAUGCUAGUUUGGGUAUGUUUGAAGAGUCGGUUGAUGUUUUGUUUCAAACACGAAGACGGGGUUUGGUGCCUUGUAUAUACUCUUGUAACUAUUUAAUAAAUUGCUUGAUUGAGAAGGGUAAGUUUGACAUGGCUGAGGCUAUAUACCAACAAUUUAAGAGGAUGGGUUUGAACCCCAAUGUAUAUACUUACAAUCUUAUGCUUAAGGUUUUUUGUAAAAAGGGUGAUACUAAGAAAGCAGAUGAUGUACUUACGGAGAUGGAGAAAGCUGGUGUAAAAGCAAAUGAAUAUACUAAUGGCACUAUAAUUGAAGGACUUUGUUCACUUCAAAGAACAGAUUUAGCAUAUGAAAUUCUUAAGCAAUUAAGAGAAAAUAAUGAUCCUGUUGACAUUUUUAGUUAUGACAUGGUGGUUCAUGGCUUUUGCGACGAGAAUAAGUUGAGUGAAGCUGAGGCUGUUUUGCUUGAUAUUGAGAACCAAGGGCUGACACCUGAUGAGUAUAGCUUUGGUGCUUUGAUUCAUGCAUAUUGUAAGAGAGGAAGUAUUCAAAAAGCAUUUAGUCUUGAAAGUGACAUGCUGUCAAAAGGUGUGAAAACAAACUGUUUCAUUGUGAGUUCCAUUCUUCAAUGCAUUUUUUCUAGGGGAUCUUUUACCAAUGUUCUCAGUCAAUUUAAAACGUACAGGGACAUGGGGGUUUUUCUUGACGAAGUUUGUUAUAACAUUAUGAUCAAUGCUAUGUGUAAGUUGGGUAGAGGAGAAGAAGCUCUGGAGCUGCUUGAAGAGAUGAAGCACAAAAACUUGGUCCCGGAUCUGAUUCACUACUCCACUGUGAUUAAUGGGUAUUGUCUUGAGGGAAAGCUUCUUGAUGCUUUGAACGUGUACAAGGAAAUGAAACAUAAGGGUAUUCGGCCUGAUCUCAUUACUUACAAUAUACUUGCCGGUGGUUUUGCUAGAAAGGGGCUUGCAAAAGAGACUUUGUCAUUUCUUGACUACAUGAAAACACAAGGUUUGACACCUGAUGUUGCUACACAUAAUAAAAUCAUUGAAGGCUUCUGUUUAGCAGGAAAUGUAAGAGAAGCUGAAAACUAUUUCAAAAGUUUGGCGGAAAAGCACCCAGAUAAUUACUCUGCUAUGAUUAACGGGUACUGUGAAGCUAGACAUACACUGGAGGCGUUAAAUCUUUUUGUCAACCUUUACAAGCACGGAAUGUUUCUGAAGCAGACCUGCUGGAAGUUGCUUAGUAGCCUUUGCAUAGAAGGUCAAGUUGAGAGUGCAUUUGAUUUGUUUGAAACAUUGCUAGUCUCUGACAAUUAUAAUUGCAUCAAAAUGUACUCAAAGCUUAUGUCAGCAUUGUGCAAUUCUGGAGAUAUAAAAAAGGCUAGGUGGUUGUUUGACAAUUGGAUAAAUAAAGGGUUGAAACCUGAUGCCAUUAUGUACACAAUAAUGAUUAAUGGGUUUUGCAAGUCUAAUCUUAUGUCGGAGGCCUGGGAGCUUUUAGGUGCUAUGAAGGACAACGGUAUUUUGCCUGAUGUGGUCACUUUCACUGUUUUGAUAGAUGGUUGUGUAAAGUCAAGCUUAAAGAAUUCUCGUUCGCGCCCAAACAUGUCUCUAUGUGAGAAAGCCACAGAAUUUGAAUCUGAGAUGUCAGAAUUGCAGCUGAAACCUGAUGUUGCCUGUUAUACUGUGUUAAUUGACAAACGCUGCAAGAUGAAUGAUAUCAAGGAUGCUAUUAAGUUGUUCAGAGAAAUGAUGGAUAAUGGUCUGCAGCCUGAUAAUGUGACAUAUACAGCUCUCCUUUCUGGCUGUUAUAGAGUACAAGAUGUGGACACAACUGAGACACUUUUUGAUGCGAUGACUGCACAGGGUUUACAGCCUGAUCAAAUAACCAGGUCACUGAAGUCAAAAUUAGAACAUGGUAUAUUGAAAGCAAAGAAAGUGCAGUUCACACAUUGAGCAAGCUGAUAAAUGGUUUUAGCUCCUGAAAUCAAAAUCAACGGGUUAACUCUGUUACCAUUGCUUGGAGGUGAUUCACAUUAUCCGGAAAUGCAACAUACUUGGAAUUAAAAUAUUGGUACAAGAGCAGAGACUUUUGAGGGAAAAAUAGGAACUCAGCAUGAUGCUAUAUUGUUUUGUUGAUCUUGAAAUUGGGUCAAUUAUAUAAGGAGGGGGGGCUUUUGCAGUUCCAUAUGCUGAAGGAGUUUCUUUGAUGAGUAUCUGAGACAUGGAAGUUCUGCUAUUUGCUUACUUUCUUAGGUGUGGUCAUGCAGGUCCAUAGAAGCUUGCUUAUGGCUUAACUUUGGUCUGCAGUUGAUUACUGCUUUUGACCGAUUUCUUUCAAUUUUGAGAAGCAAAUAUAAGAAGGUUAUAUGCAUGAAAGUCAUUCACCAAUGUGGUAGGCAUUGGACUUUGUAAUGCGUGCUGAACGUGGAAAAAGCUUACAAUAGAGCUUUCUGCUCUAAAGGUCCUUAUGGUUUAACAUUAUUCAAUGGAUUCCAGAGACUAUAUUUCUCUCAUUGAGUAGGAUGAGAUUAAGAAUCUUGCAGCUGCUUGAUUCAGAAAGUCAGAAAGUGUGGUCAGCACAUUUGGUAAGUGUUAAUAAAUGGUGGUAAUGGGGAUAAAAUGAUGCAUAAAUUUGUAAGAAAAAUCAAUGUUUAUUCCCAUGGUGAUUCCAGUUCACCCCAAAUGAUCUCUUUUUUCCUCACAAAUUUGGGGGAUAACUGAUAAUUAUGAUGAAAAACACAAAUUAGGGGUGCAUCACUAAUGGACACAAGGAUGUUACUUGUGAAAUUAUUCCCAUUACCGUUAUUUAUUACCGACUAGUAAACGGGUUGUGAGGGCAUUGUUUGGUGUAGUUCCCUAUAAUGGUAAUCAAGGGCGGUUGUUCUUGCAUUUAACUUGGUCAGACUGAUACAUGGAACGAAAUAAGCCCAGGGAUACUAAUGAAUUGCCGAGGCAAUUAAUGACUUGUUUGUUAGCUUACCCUGAUUCUAUGAGCAUAUAUAAUCGAAUUUGCUCAAAAUCUAUGUAUAUUUGGAUCAGUAGUGUUAGCUACUAUAGAAUUUCUGGAUGUAUAAGUAGGCAUUUGUGUUCAUAUGGGACAAGAUUUGAGUGUAUUUGUAUGGGUAAAGUAAAUUAGACUAGUUUUAGGUGAUUAUACUUAUGCGAAUUACACAGUACAAGAAUCUAAUGGAAGCUCUUUAAAAAAAUUCUUCCUUUU